AUGGAUGUCACGAUGGAACUUUCCUCAAUGGGUAAACGUUGUCAAGGCCAGGAUGCGAUUGAUCUGGCGGACUUGCCGAAUAGUGGGGACGGAGGACGCCAGACUGUGCACAGCGUGAUCGACAUCCUCUCAAUAAAGCAUGAACCUAUGCUGCAGAAUGGGGUGACGACCUCUGAGCUGGCGGCAAGCUUCGCAAUACUAGUGCAUACACCCAUCUCCGCCCAUGUAUUACCGGAACCUUAUCGAAUAGAAUUUACAACAAUACACGUUCUGCGCAAACCAUUCCCAUUGCAAUUCCAUUCCCCAGUGGAUACCGUGGAUUCAUCAAGCAGUGUGUGGAACGGCGCUAGCUUGCAGCAAUGGCGAAACCGAGGGCCUCAGAUGGUGGGCGAGGUAUUCAUUGAAAUGACCUGGUAA